AUGGCACUUUCUGCCAGCUUUGAUGCUGUGAGAGAAUUACUCAAGCCCCUAAGUUAUCCAACUGAAGCUGUGGCGCUGCCAUCCAUUGGAGCUGAGCCCCCAAAUAAAGACCUAUCUGACGAUGCUGCUCAUACCCGGGCUGCGAUUGAGAAGCUGGUCGAGGCAGGAAAGAAAGUCGUCCUUGUCACUCACUCGUAUGGAGGGUCGUUGGAUCUUGUGCUGUCGAAGACCUGGGCUUCGCUCAGAGGAGGAGCGACUAUUGCUAUCGACACUCCAGGGAAUAUCUUCUACCACGACCUAUCAUCGGAACCAACAGAAAUGGAUUGCGCAACUCUCACAUCCUCCUCUGCUGCGUCUUCAGUGGCAAAUCAACACACGAGCCUUGGAACCAUAUGCCAUGCACUUACAUAUUCUGCGAGGACGAUAAGGCAAUUCCUCUUCCACAUUGCUGCUUCGCAUUCGCCAUUUUUGAGCACCCCUGACAAGGUGGUGGAGGGUAUUGAGUUGGCUGCGAAGCUUGGUUUGGAGAAGAGCCAGUAG